UUUUAAUGUUGGAAUGAGUGACUUUUCUGGUAUGUCCACAGCCAACAACCUGGUUCUGUCAAAGGUCGUCCACAAGAGUUUCGUGGAAGUCAACGAGGAGGGAACUGAAGCUGCUGCUGCCACUGCUGCAGUCAUAACGAACCGCUCCCUUCCCCCCCGUUUCACUGCAGACCAUCCCUUCCUCUUCUUCAUCCAACAUAAGCCCACCAACACUGUUCUCUUUGCUGGCCGAUACUCCUCUCCUGAGUGAGCGCUGCUGCUCGUCCUGUAGACAUGGACGGAUUAUGAGUCAAAGGCAUCUUGAGCACAGACAUGUAGAGGGACCCAACCCCUCCCUAAUAAGAACAAGAGACACACAUUUUCUUUGCAGAUGUUUUGCAUCCCUUUUGUGUAAUUAUGGCCAUCUUUGUUGUUGUCUUAUUUGUACUUGUAGUUGUUUUGUGUCUCUGUGGUCAUUUCGUUUUUCUUUUUUUUCCCCCAUUCUCUCUUUUUGGUCAUUGGAGAGUUUGUGUCUCUUAAGGAUUGUUUUCUGUGUCUUUUCCUUUGGUUAUUUUUGCAUGACUGUGGUAGCUUUACAACUCUGAUUAUUUUGAGUUUCUUUGUGACUUUCCAUAAUGAAAUGUCAGCAGUAACUUCAAACAGAGUGUCUGUGCCCAGUAGGCCUGUUCAGAAAUCCUUUCAUGCCUGUAGACCUGCCUGCCAUGCCUGGACAGUGUUGCAAUUGUUUUAAACAGGUGUGUUUGUGCUUAAUCCAAAAUUUAAUCUCAAAUUGAAUGAAUUUCCAGCUGAUCAUAAAUACAAAAAUAAAUGUAUAUAA